AUGCAGGAGGUGGUGUUGAGCCAACUCCCACGACCGGAGAUCUAUAGCUUGCCUGCUGCGUCCUUGGUUGCCUUGGGUGAGUACAAAGCCACUGCCCCAGCUUUGGUCAGUGAACAGGCCCGGCAGUCAGCGCAGUAUGUGCAGGCGGUGGGUCGCCAUGGUGUCCAGCGGCGGUUUCAACAGAAGAGAGGUCGCAUGUCCAUUUUCUUCGAUGACGGUGGUCCGAACACCUCCGGUGCCUCUCUGGGCACGACGGGUUGGUGGAUCGGCGACGAGGACUGCUUUGGCGAGACGUGCCUCUUGUGGUGCCCAGGCUCCAGCGAACAAAUCCCCGAGACGGGAUGGCAAUGGCAGGGCUACCUGGGUUACUACGAGGUGGAUCUUCAUGUCUCGCCCAACAUGCGCGCGGAGGAGAUGGAGCCACACAGCUUGAUCUUUGCAGGGAACCUCUUCCUAGACGUCCUGGGGCAGAGCAUGGUCUGUUGCCUCAAGGGUGCCGAGCUUCUCCUUCACGAGUUCACCGCGAAGAUGGCAGUGGACUCUAAGGACGUUCCGUUGAACUCCAUAGGAGGCGCCGUUCCUGCAGAGUCUCAACCCGCUCUGGAGCUCUCCGCGCUGCCCCCGCCGGCACCUGCUGCCGCUGCCCCGGCACCGGUGCUCGCGCGGGCGCAUGAGCCAGCGCCGGAGGUGGUGGCGAUUUUUCCAGCGCCCAGGGAGGACGUCGAGGUCAAAGUGGAAGAAAGGGAGGAGCACCAGAUAGAGGAGGUGUCACUGGAAGAGUUGACCGAGGAAGCUCGGCGCGCCAAGGAUAACUUUGUCGAAAGCUUUAAGGCGCACCUCUCCCGGUUUUCACCCGAAGAAGAAGCGCAGAAUGAGGCAGAUUUGGCUAAGGAGCAUUUCUUGGAGGCCUUUUGCAAGAAGGGUGCCCCACAGGAGCAGCUGAAGCGCCGGCAGGUGGCGGAGGAGGUGCUGCAGCGUCAGGAGCUCCAGGAGCUCUUGAUGUCGCAGCAUCGGCACAAGGUGAGCCACGAGCUCCGUGGAGAACGGGAGAUCCAGGAAGCGCGGAUGGAUCAGGUCUUGGAACAGGUGCGCGCAUUGCAGAUGGAUUUGCGAGAAGCCUUGGAUGCGAGACAGGCCACAGAAUUGGAGAAGUUGGAUUUGAUGGAGUCUCAUCGACUUCAUUUGGAGGAGCUCAGGCAGGUGAACCUGGAGGGCGGCGAGGACCUCCAGAGCAAGUGCGCAGAGUUGGAGGCGGAGAAUGCGGAAUGCAAAGUGAAGCUGUCCCAAGCAGCUACUGCCCUUUGGAGUCACGAGGCAGCUUUGCAAGAAGCGUUGCAAGAUGCCUCUACGCUCAGAUCGGAGCUGCUGAACACCAGCGCCGCGGAGGAGGAGAUCGCGCUGCUGCGCGAGGAGCUGGCGCAGCUUCGGAGCAACGAAAGCACGGCUGAAGCAUCGACCGCCGAAGCAGAACAGCAAAUGCAGACCUUGGCGGAGGAAUACCAGCACGCGCUGGCGGACAUCGGCUCCCUUCGGGCCAUCUACGAUUCGGAGAUCGAGCAGCUGCAGUUGGAGCUCCAGCAGUGCCGAGAAACGCACGAGCAGGACGUCGCAUCCCUGCAAGAUGAGCUGCAGAUUGCCAGAGAUCAGCAAGAAUCUGCUAAGAAGGCUCAGAGCUUGCAGGAUGUGCUGUCAAAGCGGGUGGUUCAACUGGAGGCUAAGCUCUCGCAGCAGACUUUGGAGCACGAGGCCAUGGUGGAGGAGUUGGAGAAGCUGCGGCCUCAAGCAGCUGCCACCGCCGCAGCAGAGGAGCGCGCAAGCUCAGCAGAGGAGACCAUUGGGCUCCGUGCUCAAGGCUUGUGCUCCGCCACCUUUCGUGUGCAGAGCUGGCAACGACGCCAAACACGUUUGGAGCAUCUCUUGAGACGCAUCAAAUGCCCGCGGGUGCACUCGUUUGAAGUGAAUGGCAGAAGCUACCAGCUGCCGGUGAGCGCAUGCGUGCCGACUGGCCAGCCAUCUGAGUCCGAGCUUGAUUACCUCCGAGGAUUUUUUGAUGGGGAUGGCUGCGUGAGCCUGAACGCCGCAUCCGGCAAGUGUUGCCUCACGGUUGGCCAAGCCAUCAAUCGGGGUAGUAUUUUGAUUCGGUUUCGACAGGCCUUGGGUGGAGGCAUUUACCUGUGCCACAAUGCAUGUGGUUUCAGACGUGCGUACCUGAUGUGGAAAGUGGGUGGACGCUCAGCACAGGAGGCCGCCAAGUUGCUUGGCAGCCUGCCGUCCAUGAAGCAACAACAGCUUCGUAUUGCCAUGCAAGACACUGCUGACCGGGGCAAUGUCGCGGAUCAACUCAAGGCACUAAAAAUACUAAAGCAGCACGAUCACACGCCCGAUUACAUUUCGUUCUCCUGGGAGUACAUCGCGGGAUUUUUUGAUGCUGAAGGUUGUAUAAGCGUCACGGCAAGGCGUCCCAGUGUUGCCCUUGCUUUUUCACAGGUAAACCCUUUCAUUUUAAGAGGUGUCCAAUCAUUCUUCAAAUCAAAAGCUUUGGGCGGAUGGAGCCUUCACCAGAGGUCUAGGGGUGAGUGGUCCUUGGAAUGUUCUCGGGCCAAUGAAGUAAAGACGACUCUGCAGCAUUUUCUGGCACAUGGGCUAACAUUGAAGAGGACGCAAGCUGAGCUCAGCAUGAGCCUGACAACGCAGAAUCACAACCAAGUUAGAGAAGCUGUGUCGGAGCUGAAUGGAUACCAGGCAUUCUACAGGAGGCUUGAUGAAGCUGGCAUUGCACGUGCCAAGGAGAUAGCAAAAGUACAGCGUCUAAUAAGAGCGAAGCGCUUAGCCGUGCAAUCGGAUCAGAGAGGUCUGGAGGCAUUGGAAUUGGAGCUCUACCGGCUUCGAGACGAACAUGCCUAUCAGAAACUGGUGGGACCUGACCUGACUUCUGAUGCCUUUCGCUCGCUGUUCCAGGAGGUCCUGGCGACCACGGCCCGGAACUUCCAGGCGGCAGAGGCUCGGCAGCUGCAGGCGGAGGCCAGCACGGUGGCAGUGGUGGCUGUGGAGAUGGUGCGAACCUUGAAGCUCCGGUGCCAGAGUUUGGAGGCACAGGUGCAGAAGAGGGCGGAGAAUCCGAACGUGCCGAGAUCUGACCACGCGAUCGCGAUCAAAGCGACAAAGCCAGUGGCGAGGUCUGAUCAACCACAGUUUAGCGCGCUACCAGGCAGGAGGCCUUUGGCCAGGGUGGAAGGACCGUUGGUGGCGAUGGCCUCUGCGCUGUCGCCCACGGCGCCCAAUACACCACUGCUGGAGACGCGCAAGGUCUUAGCCCAGCGACCGCAAGCCUAA